UUAUGGUACAUAUUCAUUGAUACAUGCUUAAAAGUAAUCAGAGUAAAAUACAUAUUUUUCUCAACAUGCUCUGUCUUACAGGUAAAAGAGUAAAAUGGAAUGGGAAAACCAAACCAUUCUGGUUGAAUUUUUUCUGAAGGGACUUUCUGGUUACCCGAGGCUUGAGUUACUCUUUUUCGUGCUCAUCUUCAUAAUGUAUGUGGUCAUCCUUCUGGGCAAUGCUACUCUCAUUUUAAUCAACAUCUUGGACCCUCACCUUCACACCCCCAUGUACUUCUUUCUGGGGAACCUUUCCUUCUUGGACAUCUGCUAUACCACCACCUCUAUUCCCUCCACGCUGGUGAGCUUCCUUUCAGAAAGAAAGACCAUUUCCUUUUCUGGCUGUGCAGUGCAGAUGUUCCUUGGCUUGGCCAUGGGGACAACAGAGUGUGUGCUCCUGGGCAUGAUGGCCUUUGACCGCUAUGUGGCUAUCUGCAACCCUCUGAGAUAUCCCAUCAUCAUGAGCAAGGAUGCCUAUGUAUCCAUGGCAGCUGGGUCCUGGAUCAUAGGAGCUGUCAACUCGGCAGUACAAACAGUGUUUGUGGUACAAUUGCCUUUCUGCAGGAAUAACAUCAUCAAUCAUUUCUCCUGUGAAAUUCUAGCUGUCAUGAAAUUGGCCUGUGCUGACAUCUCAGGCAAUGAGUUCAUCAUGCUCGUGGCCACAACAUUGUUCAUAUUGACACCUUUGUUAUUAAUCAUUGUCUCUUACACAUUAAUCAUUGUGAGCAUCUUCAAGAUUAGCUCUUCUGAGGGGAGAAGCAAAGCUUUCUCUACCUGCUCAGCUCAUCUGACUGUGGUCAUAAUAUUCUAUGGGACCAUCCUGUUCAUGUACAUGAAGCCCAAAUCUAAAGAAACACUUAAUUCAGAUGACUUGGAUGCUACCGACAAAAUUAUAUCCAUGUUCUAUGGGGUGAUGGCUCCUAUGAUGAAUCCUUUAAUCUACAGUCUUAGAAACAAGGAUGUGAAGGAGGCAGUAAAACACCUGGUGAGAAGAAAAGUUUUUAACAAAUAAAUGAGAAAGGUGUGAGUAAUUUUAUGAUUACAAUAUGGAAAUCAAUUAGAGAAACCAGAGUUAAACAUUGUUGCUGUUUCGCAUUCCUCUCCCAAAGUUCUAAAGUGCCAGAAUACGCUUCUCUGAUUGCAAUAACUAAUGAAAAGAACUAAAUAAAU